AUGGCCGCCGUGGCAUCUCCGGACCUCGGCCAUUUCCCGUCCCGGUCGUCAUCGAGGUGUUCGCACAACCUCGUCACGGCUCAUCCCAAGGCCGCAGAGGAGGUCGCUGACCUGCGGCCCGCGGCUGUGGCGCACCUGCACAAGCUGCAUAGCCGGCUGAGAGCUGGCAGGGCUCCGCCGCCGGGCGAGAGCUCCGGUCAGCGCUUCCGCGUGGACAACGGCUUCCUACGAGCCGACUCCAAGGGCCUGGGCUUCCGGCAGACGAAGGACCUCAAGGCGCUGGUCCCCGGGGCCGUGGCCGCUUGGGGAAGCUCGGUUGUUGGGACAGAUGAGGGCGACGGCUGGCUGCGAGUCGGGGGCAAGUUCCUGCCCAUGUUCGUGAACGGGAUUCCCGUCCUCUCGCCCGAGGGUCCGAAUGCUUGGUCUCCGCGCUCUCAGAGAAGCGGCUCUAGCGCAGGUGCUUUUGCAGACGCAGACACGCAGCUCGCUCCGUACCCGCCACGACUCGCCGCUCCUCUUGCUGCCGGGGUUCUCCCCCCGAUGGCUCCCUUGGGCUUCCUGGCGCCCGCGACGCCGAUGGGUUCUUUUGCCCAGGCACUGGGUGUUGGGGGCCUUGCUGCUGUGCCCACGCCAUGCCGGCUGCCGCGAAGGCUCCCCGAGCAGGCUUUUCCAGACUUCCGCGGGCUCUUUCGAGAUUUGGUUUCCCUGCUCCAGAAGUGCCAGAAGAAGGUGGCGAGGGGGGCACGCCCGAGGAAGGAGCUGGCGAUGCUGGAGAAUUUGGAGAGGGUCCUCGCGGAGGAGCUGCGAGAAGGGGGGGGCCCCGGACAUCUCUCGGCCUCCUGGCACUACCUGCUGCAAGAGCUGGCUCUCACACGGCAGGCUCUGCAAGGCCGGCUGCUGGCCAAAGACCGGGAGCCGCUUGUCCAAGGCCAAGGGCUGCUGGACACUGUCGACUUCUCGAUGCCCGAGCGCGGUUUGGGCUCGGCCCCGGGCGCCUUCGGCGUCCCAGGCCGAGAAGUCGCGGAGACCUCGGAGGAUUCCGAGCCGGAGGAGCCGACCCAAGUGGCGGAGAUCUUGGCCGAAGCGGCCAGGGCCGGCGACGAUGCGAAAGCGGCGGCUGCCGUGGCGCAGGCCGUGACUCAAGCCUCCUUUGUUCUGAGUGGCGUGGAGCGUGGACCGGCGGAGACGAAGAUGGGGAGUGCGGGGACAUGGGGGGUGGCCCCAGUUGUUCCGACCUGCGAGGGCCCGCAGGCGGGCUGGAAGCCCUUCGCCCUCUCCGAACAAACCGCCACGUUCGACUCCAAGAGGCCUCAGCUCGGCGACGAGCGCGCGCCCGGCCUCGAUCGAGGCACGGGUGGAAAGGCUGCUUGGCUCAAAGGCAGGCCCUGCGGCAGUCAAGAUUCGAUGGGAUUCUCCAGGCAGCUUGGCCGGCCAGCCGAGGACCAGGGACUUCCUGUCCAAAGUCUGCGCUUGACUGUGACGCCAAGGCUUCACUUUUUCCGAGCUUCGGGCCAGGGCUUUCCGCUGCUCCGCUUACAGCUAAUGCCAGCCAGCGAGGCUAAAAAGCUGGAGAUGGGCGUCGGGGAGCAGGAGCUGGAAGAAGUUGAGGGACGGCUAGGUUGCCAACUUCCAGAAGAUCUCGCGGAAAGCUUCAGGAUUCACGAGGGCAUGAAAGAAUGCGGCCGGAGGAAAGGGCGGUUCCUCUUCGAAGUGGACAGGGAAGAUCCUUAUGCGUUUGCCACUUUCCAUAUUCGCCCUGCCCUACAGUUGCCGGAACUUGUCGAAGAAGAGAGGAGGAAGGCACAUGCAAAGAUUCCCCCGGGCGCAGACUUUGUGGCAGGAUGCCGUUCCUUCAUAGCACGCCAGAUACCCCUGACGGCGGUUGCUUACUUGGAGCGGAAGAAACCGUUUACGCCAGCAGGUCCCUGGGUGCCAUUUUUAGCGAGUGACUGUCUUUCAGAUAAGGUUGGGCGGACGCCCAACAUCCUCGUGGCCUUCCCCCACCGUGAUCGGAUGACGGUGCUUCAGGCAAUCCUCAGCCAGCUCGAGCAGUACCCAGAGCGCCCUCCUCAUCGAACUGGCAAGCGCAAUGGCGAUGAUGCAAGGCCACUCGGUGCUGUUGCUUUUCUGAGAAUCUUCGGCUUCUGUGGUCCAACAUGGUAUGGCCACUGCAACUGUUUUGAGCAGUUCCUGAGCGAGAGCAUGGACGUAUUGCAGGCGAUCCAACAUGCUUGGUCGAAACCAUGUUCAGGUUGUGACCAAGACUGGCUUGGUUGGCAUUGCUCGAAGUGCAAGAGAAUUGUGGGGGAGUCGUUUCCUGAUGCGUUGGAACGACUCCUUCCAGUCAGAGAAGGCAGCAUGGCACCCUUUGACCGAUACCCCUGGUGGGCAGCUGCUGUGAGAUCCUACGGGUGGGAUUGCCCCGAAUAUCUUUACAAACGUAUGCAGGGUAGUGGCAAGUUGAGCCAUGGUCCUCCGUUCCUGAUGACGACGCUCCUUGCAAAGCAAGUUGCAGCAUUCCGGCACGAGCAUGGCCUCGGCCUUGGAAGGGAGGCGAAGCGCCUUGACCCGGAGGCUUUCGCAGCGCUGGCGCUGCGGGGUGUGGAGCAGGCUUCCCUCCUGGAUCCUGAGAUCGCCUCGUACGGCAGCCUCUUUGAGGGUCCUCAAAGAGACCGAGACCUGAUGACGCGGGAGGAGAAUGCGGCGCUGGAUGAAAAAAUCCACCAUCUGCUGCUGCUCUUGUCUCCGCACCUGCAGGCGACCAGCGCCCAGGAGUGUUUGGAGGGUCUUCUCUACAGGUACCAUGCACACCGCUGGAAUGUGGACGAUCUCAUGGGGGCCGCCUUGCCACACCAUGACUCGCCCCUGUUCACAAAGCUUGUGCAGGGACUGCAUGUUGAGGGCAAACCCCUCUGGUCCUGGCUGGCGACCUUGAAGGCCAAGCCGGCGGCAUUGCUGCGGUCCGCCUUGGCCAAGUACUGCGCGAAGGACAUCGCCGUGCUGAUUUUUGUCGGGAAGGUGAUGGAGGAGAAUCUGAAACUUCAGAAGGCCAAUCGUGCUCUGAUGACUUUCUACGCGGCACUCUGGCUGGACACGCUAGCGCUGCAGGGGUCGCUGGCGCAGGAGCUGGUUCAGGCCCUCUUGCCCACCCUGCUGCUGAUGCUCCGGCGGCCGCGGCCCAAAGACGCCUUCCAUGCCGGCCUCACCAUCGCUGGAGCGCUUUGCACCAAGGUGGAGCUGGAGGCCAGUGUGCAGAGCAAAAUCAUCCACUUCGCCGCCCGACAGGCGAAGGGAGCGGAGGGCCAGCCGGCGACGGCGCUGAUUGCGGCCCUCCUGCAGCUGCAGGCAGUGCAGAGCGUCGACAGCGGUGCGGUGAAGGCUUUGGCCAAGAACGGCCCGGAGGAGCUGCUGGAAGCUCUGCCGGUCGGGGUGGACUGCGGGAACCUGCUGGCCAGCGUGGUGAAGGCCGGCCUAGGCCAACUUGCAGACCCAAGCGAAGCCAGCGAGGAAAUCGAGGCUUUGAUCCUCGGGCUCCUCCGGGAUGCUCCCACCCUGCGCCGCUACGCAGCGCCCCUGAGCUCCGCGGUGCUCCAGGCCUUCGUCUCCGUGAUCGCGGGCAACAGCUCUGCGAAGGAGCGGAAGCGCGUCACCAAGCUGUACCAGGAGCCGGUGCAGCUGUUGAGCGGCACGGUCCCCGCCGCGCUGGCCGAGGCCAUCCGUCGAGCCGUGGAUCAGGCCUUGGCUCUGGAGGUGGACACUGAGCCCUUGGUGAGCCUUCUGGCACCGGCCUGUGCGGCCGUGAAAGACGAGGAGGGCGAGCAGGAGGAGAAGCUACUGCCGGCCGUGCAGGCUUUCCAGCAUAAGUCGGCGAAAGUUCGAUCCCGGGCGGUUCAGAACGCAGUUGCCAAGCUUGGGGAGGACCAAGAGGAAGGCACAGAAGUCACGCAAGAGAGGCGGCGCCUCAUGGCCAGCUUGGCUCUGCAAUCUCUGGAUGAUGAGAACGUGGAGGUGGUGGCAGUGGCGCUGAAGCAAGAGACCUUGUGGACCUCCUCGGAGGUGGCUGCAAGCACGGCGGCUGACGUGCUGAGCGCUGCCUUGCGCAGGCUGCUCCGCCAUGGUCAGCCCAAGGGAAAUCCGAAGACUCUCCAAGAGCUCUUCCGGUCUUUGCUCCAAGAGGACUCGCGCGUGCGGGCCCUCUUCCCGCUCAUGAUCCAAGCAUCUGCCUGGGUCUAUGGCCGCGAGGAUGCAGAACAGGAGCGGAGGAGGCUGGAUGCCCUGCUCCUUCCUCCUCUUUUGCUAGCCUUCGCUGGCCUGGACGCUGCGGAGGAGGUCGCUGGACCACUCCUUCGCCUAGAAGAGGCAGCUGCCGAGUUCUGCAAGGUGUCCGAGGAGCCGCUGCUGAAGGGCGACAGGGCAGCAGAGGCCGCCGAAGGCUGCGGCCCGCGGAUCAGCGCAGUGGCUCAGGCGGCAGAUGACGAAGCCUGCGAGCGCCUGGCUGACUUGGCUGGUGCCCAAGCCGAGGUGCAGCUUCUCGCAGGCCUUGGGAGCCAGGUGGCGGCGGCUUUGGCGCUGGCCGCGGCAAUGCCGCGGCAGCAGGCGCCCAGGCUGCCGCAGCGGCUGCUCCGCACCGCGGCGGCCUGCCAGAGGCUUGCGAAGCGUCUCGUGGCGAGCUCCCUGACCUCCGACUUUCUCAAGGGACUCUGGAAGGCUUGCCUCGAAGCCGCCACCUCGCCGCCCCCCAGCAGCGGGAGCUCCUCCUCACGGCGGAAGAGCGGCAAGAGCUCUCUGAACGGCGCAGGCUCCGUUGAGGCGGCCACGCUGCUCUUGGAGGUGGCUUUGAUGCGCCCCAAGGCCUUCGCAGGCGAUCUGCAUGCAAGCCUGACUUGCGGUGCAGCGGCGUUGAGACCUGCUUUGCUGCAGCUGUCGCUCGGCUCUCACGGAGGCCCGCCUGGCAUCCGAGCCAAUGCGCUUCUGCUCCUUCGUAGCCUCCUCGUGAAUGGCUGGGCUGCCGAUCAAAUGAUGCUGGUUCUCAUCCUUUCCCGCCUCGCGAGUACGGAGGAGAAGCAAGUUCGAGCUGCAUCGGUGGCCGUCCUCGAGAGCCUUCAGGCGGCCUCGCUGCAGGAUGACUCAGUGGACGCCUUGGUGGAGGCUAAGCUCCUGCUGCCCACUGCAUCCGUUGCGCCAGAGAAGGUGUGUUCCUCUAUGGGGCAGCUGCCCCAAGAGCUGUGGUCGAACUUGCUGGAGUUGCUCCUGCAGCAGAAGGCAGAGCUUCUGCAGGAUCCUGUCGCGGCCCACAACGUCCUGCAGAAGGUCCUGGGCCUCAAGGGCGGCCUCCCAAAAGCAUCCCGGGAGCAGGCUUCCAGAUUCUGGCUCUUCGGCUUGGCGCGACUGGAGCCGCAGUUGGCAAACGGCCUCACGACGGCGCUACCCGGAGCCCUCUCGCUCCGCAGUGCGCAGGAUCCCUUGGCCAAGACCGCACAAUGGGCUGCGAAGUCGGCGGCAGCACCUUCGCUGCUGUUGGCGGCUUUCUCCAUGUUCUUGCAUCUGGCCGCAGGAGCCUUGAUGAGCGCUGCGGAGAAGAUUCGGAGCGCUGCGCAGGACGCCGCAGUGGAGGCGAUGAGGCAAGUGGUUCUCCCCUUCGCUUCUGGCCUCACGCAGCUCUUGGAGAAGGCUAAGGAGGCGCCUUCCUGGGACGCCCAGCAGGUCCGGAUAGCUGGGCUCACUUGUGAGGUGCUGAGCAAGGUGGCGGGAGCCUUUGCAGCCCACUCCGUGCAGGAGGAGCUGGUCACAGAGGCCCUGAAGGUGCUCUUCAGGUACUGCCUGGCUGCACGAGCCCUUGGCCCAGCCGAUGGCAGCUUCGCUUCAGUGGUUGCCAAGGCUUCUGCUGCCCUCUCUGAGGCUCCGGUGCAGCCAGGCCGGCUCUUGCUGCUUCUGGAGGGCAGUGAGUUCCGGGGCAGUGCUCUCAAGGCUGCGAGGGUGGAGGUGGCGGCAGAGAUCCUCUGCGAACAGGUUGCAGGGCUGGAGGCCACGGCGUCGGGGGAGGACUCCGCAAAGCUGCUGAGAAAGCUGGGCGAAGCAGCCGGCGCCAUGACGCCUCGGGAGCAGCUGCGGGUCACGCUGCGCCGGGAGCAGGGGCUCGAGGUCAGGAGCCGGAGGAGUUGCGUAUCCUUCGGCCAGAUGACACUCUCAGCCACUGCCAUGAGUGAUGCGGUGACCCUGCCCGCCCUGCCCAGCUUUCGGGAGACCUACUUGUACAGAUGUUACAAGAGGAAUGUGCGCUCAAGCGAUGUGCUGGCCGACUCCGCGUUUCGGGACGAGGAGGAGGACUUGGACCUCUCGCAGAUUAGAGUACAGAGCCGUCCGCAGCAGCUGAGCCUCUGCAUCCCGGCUUGCCCGUCGGCUCUCCCAGUUCUCAAUGCCUGGGCCAGCACCGCCAUGAAGUCACUGGCGGGCUUGGCAGGUGGCCUCCCACUGGUGCAGGCCAUGCAGGCGCUUGGCAGUGGGGGUGGCACUGCGCUGGACAUGCCGCUGAAGCUUGGGGGCGUCGGCUCCAUCGACGCAUUCCUCGAGGAAAGCGAGAAGUCCCUCGCGACCCACGUGGGGCUCUUCUCCUUGACCUCCGCCGUGAUGUUCAUCGGGUCGAUCAAGGGCCUGAACAAGCACUCGACGGCCCGGGAGGGGAACUACAUGGGAAUGGUUGCAACUGCUUUAGGCAUCCUCUCUGUGCUGCUGUCCCCUGGUUUCCACUCCGCGCACAUCCGUUUCUUCCUCACCUUCUUGGCGGCUGGCGGAGUGGGCUAUGGCAUUGCCAGCACCGUGAAAAUGGAGGACAUGCCGCAGCUAGUUGCGGGCUUCCAUUCCUUCGUGGGCUUGGCUGCGGUCUUCGCCGGCUUCGCCAGCUACUGCAACGUGGCAAACCCCUACACGGUGAUGAAAGCGCUGGAGACCGUGGUGGGGAUUGCCAUCGGCUCACUGACCUUUACCGGCUCUGUGGUAGCUGCGGGGAAGCUGCACGAGAUGAUUCCGGGCAAGCCUAUCAUCCUGCCACAGCGCUGGCUCUUGAACGGGGGGGCCUUGGCCGGAAGUGUCGUUCUUACGGCGCUCUUCCUGAAUCCUGCAACCUAUGCGUCGCAUGCAGGGGCCGCCCUGCUCUUGGGGAACACGGCUUUGUGGGGCUUUCUGGGUGUCAACAUGGUCUUGCCCAUUGGUGGAGCGGACAUGCCGGUGGUGGUGUCGCUCCUAAAUGCCUUUAGUGGUCUGGCCACCAGCGCCGCCGGUUUCAUGCUCUCCAACGACCUCUUGACCAUCUCUGGAGCUUUGAUCGCUUCCAGUGGUACGCUGCUCUCGGACAUCAUGUGCCGUGGGAUCAAUCGCUCCAUGUACAACGUCCUCCUGGGCGGUUUCGGCACAGAUUCCAGCAGCACUACGGCCGGCGGGGCGGCGGUGUCAGGUGGAAGGGAGAAUGUGAGCGAAGUCUCGGCAGUCGGUUUCGUCGGCAUGCUCUUCGGGGCAAAAAAGGUCGUGAUAGUUCCAGGCUAUGGCCUUGCAGUCGCAAGAUGCCAGCAGAAGUUGGCAGAGAUUGUGGCCAUGCUGAGAAAGCAUAAUGUCACAGUGCACUUUGCAAUCCAUCCUGUUGCCGGCCGCAUGCCUGGCCACAUGAACGUGCUCCUGGCGGAGGCUGACGUACCCUAUGACAUUGUCAAAGAGAUGGACGAAAUUAAUGCGGAACUUCCAACAUACGACGUCGGGAUUGUGGUCGGAGCCAACGACAUCGUAAAUCCUGCCACGCAGGACGAUCCAAGCAGCCCGAUUUAUGGCAUGCCAGCCAUCGAGAUCUGGAAGUGCAAACAGUGUGUGGUGCUUAAGCGUUCAAUGGGAACGGGCUACAGUGGCGUCGAUAACCCGCUCUUCUACCUGAGCAAUGUCAAGAUGCUUUUCGGAGAUGCCAAGCAGUCCAUGGACAACAUCAGCAGCUGCUUGGAGGACAGCCAAGACCGCUUCACCGCCGCUGCGGGCACCAGCUCCUCGGGCGAUCACCAGGACACCAGCCAAGGUGUGGAGCCGGAGGUCUUCCCGGAGGCGGUCCGCGUCAUCGGCAUCCUUCGGGAGCGGCUUCCAGGUGAAGCUCGCGUGAGCUUCGCGCCCUCGGCCGUGGUGAAGCUGCGGCGCAUGGGCUUCUCGAUUUUGUUGGAGGCCGGCUCCGGCACUGCCGCGGGCUUCACGGACGAGGAGUACACGAGGCACGGCGGCGUUCAGGUCGCCGAGAGCUCCGUGGAAGUGCUGAAGCAAGCGGACAUCAUCUUCAAAGUCACGGAGCCCUUGCUGGACGAAGUGCAGAUGCUACAGGGGACGCAGACGAUGGUGGGCUUCUGGAACAUGUACGGCACCCAGGAGCUCCUCGCGGCCCUGGCGCAGACCUCCGCCUCGGUGCUGAAUCUGGCGCUGGUGCCGCGGGUCUCCCGAGCGCAGAAGCUGGAUGCCUUGACCUCCAUGGCCAACAUCGCAGGCUACCGAGCCAUCUUGGAUGCUUUCGGCCGCUUCCCCCGUUUCAGCCGCGCCGGGUCCACGGCGUUCGGCUCGGUUCCACCGGCAAAAGUCUUCGUGAUCGGUGCAGGCGUCGCUGGGCUGAGCGCAAUUGCAACGGCGCACUCGCUCGGUUGCAAGGUCUUUGCGAAUGAUGUGCGGGAUGCCGCCCGCGAGCAGGUGGAGUCCAUGGGCGCCCAGUUCAUCGCCGUCGACGCGCAGGGCAUCGCAGGUGAAGGUGCUGGUGGUUAUGCCACGGUCAUGGGCGAGGAUUUCACCCGGGCUCAGAUUGCCACCUAUGCCCGUGUCAUCCCCGACAUGGACGUGAUUGUCACCACGGCCAUGAUCCCAAACAGAGCUGCGCCAGAGCUGAUCACCAGCGAGAUGGUGGCCAGCAUGCGGAAGGGGUCGGUGAUCAUCGAUCUGGCGGCGCAAACCGGUGGCAACUGUGUGUACACGGAGCCGAACAAGGCGGUCGUCUCUCCGAAUGGCGUGACGGUCGUGGGAGAGACGAACUAUGCAUCCCAGAUGGCAUCGCAGUCGAGCGAGAUGCUGGGUAGCAACUUCACUGCCAUGCUGGAGGUGCUGGGAGGUGCCCAGAACUUCGGCGGGGAGCACUGGGACGACCCAGUUGUGAAGCCAGCGAUCGUGGCCCGCGGCGGCGCUGUCGUUUGGGACCCCAACCCACCCAGGCCGCCGGCGGCGGCCCCGACGGGAACCGCGGUGGAGGGCAACGGCAUUGGCGGCUUUGGCGGUGCCUCGCCGAUGCCUCUGCCACCACCUGAGGAGGCGAAUGCUGUGAUCGCCUGGAUCCAGGAGCACAAGGACGAGUUGGCACUGGGUGUGGGCGGCGCCGUGGUGCUUGGCUUGGGCCUCGCAGUGGAUAUCCCCGAGGCAGAGGUCACGCACCUGGGCUACUUUGUCCUCUCGUGCUUGAUUGGAAACUUUACAGUGGCCGGCGUGACUCCGGCGCUGCACACUCCGCUCAUCAGUGUGACGAAUGCCAUCAGCGGCAUCAUUGUGGUGGGCGGAAUGCUGCAACUCAGUGGCCCCGUGCUUUCUGCGCGCGUGGCCUGUGCUCUGGCAGCAGUGUUCCUCUCGAGCGUGAACAUCGUCGGUGGCUUUGCCGUCACGGCUCGGAUGCUGGACAUGUUCCGCGAGGAUGCCAACCCAAAGAAGGCUCUGGCAGAAAGGUCCUGA